UCCAACUAUUGCAUUCUUUUGUCAAUUGUUGGGGGCUGAAAAAAAAAUCCCUAGCUCUCGGAUUGCAGAAACCCUAGCCCGCGAUUUUGUAAGAGAAAAAAACCCUAGCCGUGAGAUUUUAUAUCAAAAGGAAAAAAAAUAAAAUUAGGGAUAUUCUAUUAUUCUAGAUUCUUAAAUCGAUAUAUUUUUGUGGGUAAAAACCCUAAUCAAGUCAAAGACAACGAGAUUUGAGCAAUGUCACGGUGCUUUCCUUACCCGCCUCCGGGGCACCUGAGGAACGGAGCGCGUGGUGAGGCCGUGAGUGAAUCCAUUAAGUUCCAGAAGGACUGGAAGGAGGCCAUAACAGAACAUGAUAUAAGGAAGAAGAAAGAUAAGAGAGAGAAAGAGAAGAGAGUGAAGAAGUCUAGGAAGGAAAAGAAGGAUGCUUGUUCUGUGGCUACAUGUAACCAAACAGAUAAAAACCUCCUAAAGGGGAAGGAGGAGGAAGCUGAAAGGAGUAGUUUGACUGAAGAACAUGAACCACCAGUGUGUUCUCAGAGCCUUUGCUACUCGCCUGACAGCACUCGAAGCAGCAAAAAGAGAAAAGGUGAUGACUCUGUGUAUAAUGCCACUAAAACUCAUGGGAAUGUUAUUCGUAUUCGGCUGCCGUUGCAAAGGCAUAUAGAGCCAAUUGCGUCUGCUAAUGGGGAGCAGUCUUGUUCUACCUCUGGAAAGAACCUGUCAGAGCAGGAGCAAGUUAUAACCAUUUCUAGACGAGAACACUGUAGUACUAUCAAUUUCAAGGCAGCAGAAGAUAUCACUUCUGCACCAAUUAAGCCUAUUCUUACUGCAGAUUUGGAAAGGAAAGAAAAAUCUGCCCGCCUUUCUUCCAAAACUGAGAAGAAGGAAAAGAAGUUAUACAAAGCAGAAUCACGAUACAAAGCUUUGUUUGAGGAUUGGGCUCCAUUGCCCGUGGGUUUUGCGCAGCAAAACAAUUUUGAUGAUUGCGACUGGCUUUGUUGCAGCAAACGGCAAGAAAGAUCUCGAGACAAAAGACUCCAAAUUUCUCAUGAUGAACCAGCCAAUGAAGGUCUUGGCUUUUGGCCUUGUGCUCGCUUCCUGCCCCAUGCUGAUAUCUAUGCAUUACCCUAUACGAUUCCAUUUUAAUGUUUGCUACUUUAGUCCUGUUGCCAAAUUUUGCCGGGUUGUCCGGGGUGCCAUCUUUAUAAAGAAAAUGUUAGUGCACCUGGCAGACUGCAGAGUGCACGGUUGGGGGGGUGGGUAGGGUGAAGAUGAAGGCAAUAUGUACAGUGAAAAUUGACAGAUCUAAUGCAUUCUUUUUUUUUUU